CUUGGACUGUCUCACUUGCAGGGUAGAUCUGUUGUGAUCACAGAUCAAGACUGUCCUCAGCUACCGCCGCAAGAAAGUAAAGAAUAUUCCAUCACUGGAACUUACUGGCUUAUCAACUGGACAAAACACCUGGCUUAGCUUUUGUGACCUCCCCUUUAACACAAGAAGCAUGGAAAAAUUUGCAGAGCUGAAGUACAUGUCAGGAUUUGGUAAUGAGUUUAGCUCUGAAGAUCCACGCUGCCCUGGAGCCUUGCCAGAAGGACAGAAUAGCCCUCAGAUCUGCCCAUAUGGUCUGUAUGCUGAGCAGCUUUCUGGGUCAGCAUUCACCUGCCCACGACCCACAAACAGGAGAAGCUGGCUGUAUAGAAUCCUGCCUUCUGUUUGCCACAAACCCUUUCAGCCUGUGCAUCAGGGCUAUCUGACACAUAGCUGGGAUGAAGCUGAGCCUGAACCCAAUCAGCUGCGAUGGAAACCUUUUGAGAUCCCAAAGGCCUCUCAGAGAAAGCUGGACUUUGUCACCGGAUUGCACACUGUGUGUGGCGCUGGUGAACCCAGGUCUCGAGAAGGGCUUGCGAUCCACAUCUUUACCUGUAACAACUCCAUGAUUAACAGAUGUUUUUAUAAUUCCGAUGGGGACUUCCUGAUUGUACCACAGCAAGGCAAAUUGCUCAUCACUACAGAGUUUGGCAAGCUGCUGGUGGAGCCCAAUGAGAUCUGUGUUAUUCAGCAAGGGAUGCGGUUCAGUGUAGAAGUAUUUGGAGAAACUCGAGGCUAUAUCCUGGAGAUAUAUGGGGUACAUUUUGAGCUGCCAGACUUGGGACCUAUUGGUGCCAAUGGCUUGGCGAACCCACGAGAUUUCCUUGUGCCCGUUGCCUGGUAUGAAGAUCGCCAAGUAGCUGAAGGCUACACAGUUGUCAGCAAGUACCAGGGGAAACUCUUUACAGCACAGCAGAGCUGUUCUCCAUUCAAUGUUGUGGCCUGGCAUGGGAACUACACCCCAUACAAGUACAAUCUCAGCAAUUUCAUGGUCAUUAAUUCUGUGGCUUUUGACCAUGCGGAUCCUUCUAUUUUCACUGUCCUGACGGCAAAGUCAACUCGUCCAGGAGUCGCAGUUGCUGACUUUGUUAUAUUCCCACCCCGCUGGGCAGUGGCCACCAAUACUUUCCGUCCACCUUAUUACCACAGGAACUGCAUGAGUGAGUUUAUGGGCCUGAUCAAAGGGACUUAUGAGGCAAAGGAAGAAGGAUUUGUUGCUGGAGGUGCCACUCUUCACAGUAUGAUGACGCCCCAUGGGCCAGAUGGUGCUUGUUUUGAGAAGGCAAGCACAAGCAAGCUGGUGCCCGAGAGAAUCGCAGAAGGAACCAUGGCCUUCAUGUUUGAGUCUUCUUUUAGCUUGGCUGUCACCAAAUGGGGGCUGAAAACCUGCCUAGAUAAAAACUACUACAAGUGCUGGGAAACCCUGAAGAGCCAUUUCAAUCCGAAGAAUCGUGAUGCGCAGUCACUCUGAUUUUUCUUUCCUGCUUAGCUGAAGGCAACUGUGUAGCAGUUAACAAUGCCUUGGUCCAUAUUACAUGCAGUUAACUCAUGGACAGCUGACAAGACAAAUGACCUGUAAGCGUAAAACAAAAGAACUACCACAAAUUUUGAUUUGCCAAGUGCAGCUUUAUAUUUGUUGAAAAGCGCCCCAAAACCGCCCAUCAUAUAAAACCCAGUGUAACAAAAUAAUUUUGUACUUGGUCUCUCUGGCACCAGAAAUAUAGUUUUUGAGUCUCUCUCUCUUAAGCCAAAAUAAAGGAAUAUUAG